AGAAGGCCUGCUUAUGGAGGUGUUUCCUCAUCCCACUGCCAGAGGGGCUGGAAACCUCUGCGGGCUCCAGCGGUGAGGCUUUGCCCACCUUACCACAGAGGGAUAACCAAUUGGCUGAUAGAGUAACAAAUGAAAAGUAACUUGACUCCAUUGACCCGCUUAACUCCGCAUGGGAAUGAUGGAAAGGAGCAGCUGUUUGCUUUGAAACAGUGGAACAGCCUGAGAAAAUGGCAUGUAAUGUACCUACCCAAAGACAACGGAGUAUGUCGACCUCUGGAGAAGCUCUAUAUGAAAUUCUUGGUCUGCAUAAGGGAGCAUCAAAUGAAGAAAUUAAGAAAACCUACAGGAAAUUGGCCCUGAAACACCACCCAGACAAGAAUCCAGAUGAUCCAGCUGCUGCUGACAAGUUUAAAGAAAUCAACAAUGCCCAUGCAAUACUUACUGACAUGUCCAAGAGAAACAUAUAUGACAAGUACGGAUCUCUGGGACUCUAUGUGGCUGAGCAAUUUGGAGAUGAAAAUGUUAAUACCUAUUUUAUGCUGUCAAGCUGGUGGGCAAAGACCCUGUUCGUCAUUAUUGGCCUCUUGACCGGCUGCUAUUUUUGUUGCUGUCUGUGCUGUUGUUGCAACUGCUGCUGUGGACACUGCCGGCCCAAAUCAUCAAUGCCAGAAGAGGACUUCUAUGUGUCCCCAGAGGAUCUCGAGGAGCAGAUCAAGACUGACAUGGAAAAAGAUCUGGACUUUCCAGUUGUUCUCCAGCCUACAAAUGCAAACGAGAAAACACAGCUGAUCAGAGAAGGAUCUCGAAGUUAUUGCACAGAUUCUUAAUACCGAACCCACUGAGGGUCCACAAUAACUCCUUUUGGUUCAACUAUGUCUCCAGGUGGUCAUGGGGAGAGGGUAGGGAAAAUG